AUGGCUGAACUCCCACGCAGGCUUGAUGAACUCAAGAACAAGGUUGCAGAGCUCGAAAUCAGGCGAACAAAUGUGGGCAAGGAGUGUCAUCACCUCACCCGCAUCGUCGCUGAGAAGCUCUGCCGCAAAUUCGUCGACAAGUUCCACACCACUCUACCACCAGAGCUCCGCGAGAUGGUCUACGACUACGUCUGGGACGAGCCCAUGCUCAGGCUAGUCUUUGAUGACGUGACCUUGUACGAGAAGACUUCGAACACUACAAGUUUCCCGCCGUCCGUCGCGUCGAUCGGCCGUCGAGUGCGGGACCGAGUGCGGGAUCGAGGGCGGGACCGAGGGCGGGAAAAGAUCAAUUUCGCGCCUUGGUCCAUACCCUGCAGGGGAGACAGCUGUCGCUGUUUCCAUUGGUGGGAGCUUCCGCUCUGGGCUCAGCACCAGUAUGUGGGAAUGGACGUCGCGAAGGAAGUCGCCAAGGCAUACUAUCGCAUCAUGCGCGGCCAUCAGUUGGACGCUAAUCACCUCCACGAACUAACCAACUUCCUGUCUGAAGAUCACUUCCACCUCGGCGUCAAACCUCUCGACCACAUCCGCCGUCUAGAGCUCUCCUUUGGGGAUGAGGCUUACAUCCAAAACGAGGGCCGAUCGAAACACUCUUUUCAGACCAAGAAUGGCCAAGACAUCUUCCAGCACUGUUUCGAAGAGCUCUUGGACUUGCGUGUCAAGAAGGGUUUCCACCUGACGAUCAAGCUCCAAUGGGACGGUGAUCACAUCUACUGUAUGCCGGCUCUGGAGCGCUCCCGCAAAGUGGUUCACGCGUUGAUGAAGGAAGGCGCUAAAGUCACUGUACUUGCUUUUGAGAUGAACUACCGCAAAGAGUACAACGUCUCAGAUUACUACGCACUUUCGCAGGAAGACUGGCAGGCAAAGUGGAUAAAGAGGAUGCGAAAAGCCCAUCGCCUCCAGCGCCGUCCUCCUGCCUCCCUUAGCCAAUCUAUGAUGGCGUUUAUUCAUGGUCACACUGGAACUGAUAUCGACAUCCUUGACGAAGACCUCGUGGGUGAUUCAGAACAAGAUAGGUUGGAAGAUGAUGCGUUUGUGAGGGCUAUGGCCGGCUUGAAAGCUCCUCCCGACCCGAGCGCUCUUCUUUUUCCCAUGUGA